GAGGUAUAAGUUAGACCAUGUUGGUCUUCCUUUACUGUUCAACUCAAAUUUUUACCCGCCAUUCUAUAAUUUGCGUGAUUGACACCAUCAUGACCGGAAACCCGAUUUUCGAAAUUAAGGAGCACAAGGUUGAGACUUGUCACGUAAGAGAGUAUGCUGGCUCAACUAUCAAUCAGGAAGAGGUUCUUCAUUUGCACGUCAAACAGUACACACCACUGGCAAACUUCAACGCUCCGCCAAUUGCAGAAGAUGCAGUAACAAUAGUAGCUACACAUGGGGCAGGGAUACCAAAGGAACUCUACGAGCCAUUAUGGGACGAUCUGUAUGAGCAACUCAAAGAACGAGGUGUUGCUAUUCGAGGUAUAUGGGUUGCAGAUGCCGCAGGCCUCGGGCUUAGUGGUCUCAUCGACGAGGGGAAACUUAGCAAUGACUAUUCUUGGAUGGAUCAUCCUCGUGACCUACUGCUCAUGAUUAAUCAAUUUCGAAAAGAAAUGCCCCGACCUAUAGUAGGCAUUGGGCACAGCUUUGGUGGCUGCCAAAUUACCAAUCUUGCUUACCUACACCCUCGUUUGUUUACGACCCUCAUCUUAAUGGACCCCGUCAUACAGCUUUCACCCCCGCCAAUGGGGUUCGGCACCGAUACGCUAGGUGGCGUGAACUACACCACCUAUCGGCAGGAUAUCUGGCCAAACAGGAAGGCUGCUGCAGAAUCACAAGCAAAAGCAUCCAAGAAUUGGGAUCCUCGAGUGUUAAACAAGAUGAUCGAAUAUGGAUACAGAGACUUGCCUACCACACUUUAUCCAGAUCUCCCUCCUGAUGCUGAUCCCGUUGACCCACCUGUUACACUGACUACAAACAAAUAUCAAGAUGCUUUCGUUCAAUUGCGUGAAAACUUCUCAGCAAGGCAGCCAGAUGGUAGAAUCAAUAUCAAUCGUACCACACAUGCAGACAUAAAUCCACUGGCCGCUUUUGUGCCACUAUACCGGCCUGAGCCUCGGAGUACCUUCUACCGAUUACCCAGUUUACGGCCUUCUUCUCUCUGGCUUGUGGGAGAGAAAACCUACCUUCGACUUGACGAAAUGCGAGAGGGUAUCAAAGUAACUGGAACUGGUGUUGGCGGUUCUGGUGGCAUCCCAGAUGGCCGGGUAAAGGAAGUUGUGAUGAACAAGCAAGGGCAUCUAUUUCCUUUCGAAGCUACGUCUCAAACUGCAAAGAAAUGUGCUGAGUGGCUUGCAGUCGAACUAAAGACAUUUAGAGAGACGGAAAAGAAAUGGAGAGAAAGCAGAAAAGACAUGAGUGUCCAGGACCAUAUGGUUCCAAGUCAAAAGUGGCUGGAAGUGGUAAAGCGACCAAGCCGCCAAAAGAACAAGCUGUGAGAUUUGUUAGUUGGUAUUUAUGUAUCACGCAAUAUAAUCAUCAUUGAUGACUUUGUUCACUCCAUCAUUCAAAUAUAUCUGAUAAAAAUAAUAGUUGAAUUUGACA